AGCACCGGCAGCGGCAUGGCGGCACCGGGCGGGGGCGGCACCGGGGGCGGCACCGGGCGCCGCGGGGCGGGCCCGGGGCGGGCCGGGGGCGGGGAGGGGCGGCCCCGGGCGGGCGGAGCCCCGACACCGCGGCCCGGGCCCUGCGCCGGCCCCGACCCGCGCCGGCCCCUCUCCGGUGCCUCGGGCCCUUCUCGGGCUCCGCGCCCCGACCCCUCCAGUGCCCGGUCCCGGCACACCCGCUCCGCCCCGGGGCCGCCUCCGGCCCCCCCGGACCCGCACCGGAGCCCCGCGGCGGAGCUCAGAGCGCGCACGGCACCCCCGACCCGCCGCUCCCCGGGGCCGCCGCCGGUGCGGCCAUGGCGGGCGGGGGGGCCCGGGGCCGGCGCGGGGCCCCUUGAGCGUCGGUGCCGGCGGGGACAGCGCCAGGUGAUGGCGGAGCAGGGAGAGGAGGACCGCGAGUACCGGGAGUACCGGCGGCUGGAGGACUGUGAGGAAGACUCGCCCCCCGGCGAGGAGGAGGAGGAGCAGCUGCUGCUGCACGUCACUGAAGGACCGACAGACUCGUGGCAUCACAUCAAGGACCUGGACAGCUUUUUCACCAAGAUCUACCAGUUCCACCAGAGGAAUGGCUUUGCCUGCGUCCUGCUCUCGGACGUCCUUGAGCUGGUGCAGUUCCUGUUCGUCGUCACCUUCAGCACGUUCCUGCUGUGCUGCGUCGACUACGAUGUCCUGUUUGCCACCCGCCCCCUCAACCACAGCCACGUCCCUGAGCACGCCAAGGUGACGCUGCCCGACGCCGUGCUGCCCGCGCCGCAGUGCGCCCGCAGGCUCCGUGGCAGCGGGUGGCUGCUGUUCCUGCUGGCGCUGGCGGGCGCAGUCUGGCUGUGCCGCCUGGUCACGGCGCUCCGGCGCCUCGUGGGCUACUGGGAGAUCCGGAGCUUCUACAUCCGCGCACUGGGCAUCCCCGCGGAGGAGCUGUGUAACCACAGCUGGCAGUCGGUGCAGGCCCGGCUGCUGGCCCUGCAGCGGCGCCAGCCCCUGUGCGUGCCGCGCCGGGAGCUCACCGAGCUCGACAUCCACCACCGCAUCCUGCGCUUCCGCAACUACACCGUGGCCAUGGUCAACAAGUCCCUGCUGCCCGUGCGCUUCCGCCUGCCGCUGCUCGGCCCCGUGGUCUUCCUCACGCGCGGCCUGCAGUUCAACCUGGAGCUGCUGCUGUUCCGCGGCCCGGCCGCGCUCUUCCAGAACACCUGGAGCCUGCGGCCGCAGGUGAAGCGGGCGGGCGCGCGGCGGGCGCUGGCGCGGGGGCUGGCGCGGGCGGCCGUGCUGCUGGGGGUGGCCAACCUGGCGCUGUGCCCCUGCGUGCUGGGCUGGCGCCUGCUGCUCGCCUUCUUCAGCUACGCCGAGGGGCUGAAGCGGGCGCCGGGCAGCCUGGGCGCGCGCCGCUGGUCGCUCUACGCCCGCCACUACCUGCGCCACUUCAACGAGCUGGGCCACGAGCUGCAGGCGCGGCUCGGCCGCGGCCACGCGCCGGCCACCAGGUACAUGGACUCCUUCAGCAGCCCGCUGCUGGCCGUGCUAGCUCGCCACGUCGCCUUCUUCGCCGGCUCCGUGCUGGCCGUGCUCAUCGUGCUCACCGUGUACGACGAGGACGUGCUGACGGUGCAGCACAUCCUCACGGCCAUCACGCUGCUGGGGCUCGUGGUCACCGUGGCCAGGUCCUUCAUCCCGGACGAGCACGCGGUGUGGUGCCCGGAGCAGCUGCUGCAGCGGGUCCUGGCACACGUUCAUUACCUGCCCGAGCACUGGCAGGGCCGCGCCGGCCGCGCCGAGACACGAGCAGAGAUGGCACAGCUCUUCCAGUACAAGGCGGUUUUCAUCCUGGAGGAGCUGCUGAGCCCCCUCGUGACCCCCCUGAUCCUCAUCUUCGCGUUUCCCUCCCGCGCCCUCGACAUCGUGGACUUCUUCCGCAACUUCACGGUGGAGGUGGCAGGGGUGGGCGACAUCUGCUCCUUCGCGCAGCUGGACGUGCGCCACCACGGCAACCCCCAGUGGCUGUCCGAGGGACACACGGAGGCCCCCCCGGAGCGCCAAGCCGAGCACGGGAAGACGGAGCUGUCGCUGAUGCGCUUCGCCCUGAGCAACCCUCAGUGGCGGCCGCCGCCGCCCGCCCGCCGCUUCCUCGGCCACCUCCAGGCGCAGGUGACCCGCGACGCGGCCACCGCGCCCCCCCCGCGCCACCUGCGGGCCGAGGGGCCGCUGGCCGCGUCCCUUCUGUCCGAGGACUCGGCCCUGGCGCCCGAGGGGCUGGUGGCCAGUGUCUUGGCGGCCAGCGGGCUGGUGGCCCGGGACCCGCGCUUUGGGCAGCCCUGCAGCACGGCCAGCGCCACCGCCAGCCUGCUGGCGUCCCUGCGGAACCCCCUGGGGACCCCUCCCUGCGGGGCCCCGGACAGCCCCGGAGAGCACCAGGGCCCCGAGGACAGGCCGGCGCUGAGUGAGUCGCGGCUGCGCAGCCUGAGCCGCUCGGCGCUGCUGGCCGAGGUGGCCUCGGCCGAGAUGAGCCUUCACGCCAUCUACCUGCACCAGCUCCACCAGCAGCAGCAGCAGCCGCAGGGCCCCGGCCCCCAGCCCGCGAGGGCACCCAAACACCCCUUUGUGAGCACAGGCUCGGCUGCCCGGGCCUCGCAGCUGCGGGAGAUGCCGCUGGGCGGGUGGGCCGAGGAGGAAGAGGAGGAGGAAGAGGAGACGAUGACGUAGCCGGACCCAGCACCGGGUCCUGGUUGUGCCGAGACCCCCCGGAGGUGCCGGGGGAGCUGCCAAGGGCACAGUGGGGGCUCGCCGCGCCCACUAUGCUGCCAGGGGGCCCCUGUCCUUCGGAGCCCCCUGCUCGGUGCGUCCCUGGUGCCCCCACUAACGUGCAGGGCUAUGGGUGCUGCCAGGAGCCGCCCAGGGGCUGCUUCUGGGGGGACAUAGGGCUGGUGCCCCCGUGGUGGCCCAAGCACCAGCUGAAAUAAAGGUUUACACAGGG